CCGGUGUCCAUAUUUAUAAGGAAGUGACUCUCCUCUCAAGCACCAGAGUGUUUGUGGCUGCUUGACAACAAGAGCACUGAAUCCUAAAACAUGAGAGUCUUGGUAGUAUUAACAUGCUUACUGGCAGGCUGCCUGGCCCAGAAGCCUCACCCAUGCUCAAGUCCUCCUUUGCUGAGUGGAGCCCUCACUGUGUCCACACAGAAUGAAAAGCUGUGGGCUUAUGCCAGUUACUUCUAUGAUGCACUGGGACAGCGGACACGGCUCAGGGAGCUGGGCACUUACGAGAAUAAGACAUUCACCAGAGACGCCCUUCUGCUCUAUAGAGAGGCUACCAUGUAUGACAUUAAUGAACAAAACCGUACAUGCAAGAAAAGGCCUCUGAAGGUAGACUUCCAGCCUCUGGGAAUCCCAAAGAAUGCAUCUCUGCUGGGCCAGGUUGUUUUGGGCAGCUCGUCCGGACCUGGAGAAGGACUCCUGGUCAACACUUGGACAGGAGAUCUGCCCGACAAAGCAGGAAAGUUCAUGAGCACAGUCACUGAAUUUGGAUGCAUUCCUGUCAGCACUGUGUAUCACACUGACCAGUUUGGAUGGGUGGUGACAAGCUUCUUCAACAACAUCAUUGGGAUUCUGGACCCCAGUCUCCUCAUCCCUCCAGAUUUCUGCCCGGAUGCAGAGAUGAAGGUUGACAGUGAAGAGGAGCCAGCAGACUUCCUCAGCUUGUUCCUUAACAAGCACUGAGGGCCUCCUUUAACUAAUGUCUUCUUUGAGAUUUGAAGUGGAGCUACUCUACUGAAUCAUAGCUGUGUUAUGUGGUAUACAUCACAUUUACUCCUGCUAAGAAUGUGUAAUUCUACAUUUUCAAAAUUAAUUUUUUAUAUACAUAUGUCUGGCUUAAAAAUAGAGCUGCACUUAUAGAUGUUUUCAUGUUGACAAUGGAUUAAAUACUGUGUGAUGUGAUCACCUGACUCUACAGCUCCCCUCGGCUCUACAGAGCAUUUAGCGUCUAUAAGUGCAGUAUUUCCUUUUUCCGGCCCCCAGACUCUGGACUCCACUCACAUACUACCACGUUCUGUCAUUUUUAUCAAUAAAAAUAUAAGAAUACUGAACAAAUGCA